GUGGCUUUUCAUUUUAUGUUUCUUUGUUUCUUUGUUUCUUCAUUUCUUCAUUGACCGAAUGACCAAUGGGUUUUGGUAGUUGGAUGGCCAUUGCUGAUUCUAGUCAACAUUUUGGGCUGAACCCCACACGACAAUUUCCCAACGACGUUAAAAGCUCAUCUGAUGCUUUUUCUUCUUUCUCUUUGUCCAUCAACUCUCUUCCUUUUUCAUUUAUGCAGUGUGGAAUUCCUGGCUACAGCAAUUAAUAACACCUUCUGCCCUUAAACUACCUGUUUGAGUACUCCAAAGGGUUAUGGAUGACAACCAGGUGGAGGAGAGGUUUCUUGCACAAAAAGAAGAAGAUCUGAAAACAAGAGUUUGGAUUGAAUCAAAGGCAAUAUGGAGGAUCGCAUUCCCUUCCAUAUUGUCAAGGGUAACUUCAUUUGGAAUGAUGGUUGUGACACAGUCAUUUCUUGGUCACAUUAGUGAGGUAGAGCUUGCCACAUAUGCACUCGUUCAAAGCAUUCUUGUCAGAUUCAUGUAUGGGAUACUGAUUGGCAUGUCGAGUGCAACCGAAACUUUAUGUGGGCAAGCAUUUGGGGCAGGGCAUCACCACAUGAUGGGAAUUUACCUGCAACGAUCAUGGAUUGUUGAUGGCAUUACAGCAACAAUAUUGGCACCUCUCUUCAUUUUCGCAACCCCAAUCCUCCGACUUCUUGGCCAGGAGGAGGAAAUUGCAGUUGCAGCCAGGUCAAUCUCUAUUUGGUUUAUUCCAAUGAUCUAUAAUUUUGUGGUGUCCAUGACUAUAUCAAUGUUCUUACAAGCACAACUUAAAAAUUUGAUCGUGGGGUGGCUAUCGACUGCUUCGUUCGUGUUUCAUAUAUUUUUGUCAUGGUUGUUUGUGGACAAAUUUAACUGGGGAGUUAAUGGAGCAAUGGCUGCAAUGAAUAUAUCGGGUUGGACAAUGGUUUUUGGACAGUUGGUGUAUGUGUUUGGAGGUUGGUGCCCUAAUACGUGGAAAGGAUUCUCUAAAGCUGCUUUCUUUGAUCUAUUGCCUGUUGUAAAGCUCUCAAUAUCCUCCGGAGUCAUGAUUUGCUUGGAGUUGUGGUACUAUUCCAUUCUGGUCUUAAUGGCUGGAUACAUGAAAAAUGCAACCAUCGCCAUUGAUGCUUUCUCCAUCUGCCUCAAUAUCAAUGGAUGGGAAUUAAUGGUUUGCCUUGGCUUCCUAGUGGCAGCAAGCGUUCGCGUUUCGAAUGAAUUGGGGAGAGGAAAUGCUAAGGCUGUUAAAUUUGCAAUAAAAACCAUACUUGGCACUUCAACAUGUAUUGGAAUUGUCUUGUGGGUAUUAUGUCUGGUUUUCAGAAAUCAAAUUUCUUACUUGUUUUCCAAUGAUGAAGAAGUCGCAGAAGCUGUGUCAAGUCUCUCAAUUCUGUUUGCUUUCUCAAUUUUACUCAACAGUGUUCAACCAGUACUCUCGGGUAUAGCCGUAGGAGCUGGUUUACAAACCAUGGUAGCAUAUGUGAACUUGGGAUGCUAUUAUGUAGUAGGAAUACCUAUAGGAAUUUUGCUUGGAUAUGUCGUCAAUCUUCAAGUUAAGGGGCUAUGGAUUGGAUUGAUGAGUGGGGUGGCGAUGCAGUCGCUUAUUCUUGCUUACCUUGUAUGGAAAACAGACUGGGAUGAGCAGGUGAAAAAGGCAUCUGAACGUCUCAACCGAUGGUUAUUGGAGCCAACAGAAGAAGAUCAGAGUCCACCUCAUGCUUAAAGCAAAUGAAUAAUAUUUAUUGUAGUAGCUUUUCAAUAACUAAUUACUUAUAUCUUAUAGUUUUAAUUGCUUUAAUGUUGACAAAAGGAUAAAAAGAUCCUCAAAAAAAAAUUCAAUAACUAUUUAAGUUUAUAAUAUUUUAAU